CUCAGUUUCAUUCGGUAUCGAUAUGUGCAAUUAAUGAUAAACUUCCGUAAAGUAACCACGUAUAUUCUGACAUGUAGUGCAAAUUUUCUGCUGUUCAAUAUAGGUAACAACAGACAUAUUGAAGAUGAUGGUCAUUGUCUAUGGCUGCUUCUUUGCCUGUGGCCUGGCCUGCAUUGUUCUUCAAAUAAUUGCACAACGCACAAGGACAGACCCAUCUAUUGGCAACAACCCUCAGUUUCUGAAGUUCCAGCGCAGUUAUUUUGCCGUGUAUCUGUUGGCAAUGUUUGCCGACUGGCUUCAAGGGCCGUACUUGUACAAGCUGUACUCCUACUAUAACUUUGAGGAGGAUCAAAUAGCUAUUCUCUAUGUGUUUGGAUUCGCUUCUACAGUUAUUAUUGGCAUGUGGGCUCCUCUGGCAGCAGAUCAAUUCGGGCGGAAAAAGUUGUGUUUGUCAUUCACUGUCUUGUACUCAUUAUCAUGCUUUUUAAAACUUUCAAGAAGUUAUGGGAUUCUUAUUAUUGGGAGAAUAAUAGGUGGUGUUGCCACCUCAGUGCUAUUUUCAGCUUUUGAAGCCUGGUAUGUUCAUGAACAUAUUGAAACGUUUGACUUCCCAAAAGAAUGGAUCAGUGUGACUUUUUCAAAAGCAUCAACUUGGAAUGGAUUUUUGGCAGUGACUGCUGGACUUGUCACAAAUAUAUUUGCAGAAUGGUUUGAUUUGGGUCCAGUCGCCCCAUAUAUGCUUGCAGUUCCGUUCCUUAUAUUUGCUGGCAUCCUCGUGUCAACACACUGGAGUGAAAACUACAGCGGAAGUAAAGUGAAAUUCAAGAGAGCCUGCGUAGAUGGUUGGAAGGGUAUUUUGUCAAAAGAAAUCAUCUUUAUGGUUGGUGUGAUAGAGGCCUUAUUUGAGAGUGUUAUAUACAUUGUGAUAUUCCUGUGGACCCCUGUUCUCCAACCCUUAAGACCAUCCCUUGGAAUUGUAUUCUCAAGCUUCAUGGUGUGUAUUCUAUCUGGUCAAGCAGUAUACCAGAUAUUGUCAAGCAGACGUUUUGAUACUUCAAAUUUACUGAUCAGUGCCUGUGGUAUAGCUCUUGCAUCAAAUGUGUUCUUGGUAUUAUCAACAAACCCUGUGAACAGAAAGGACCUCAACUGCGAGACGUCGUAUGUCGCGUUCCUUUUAUUCGAAUUUGCAGUUGGAAUAUAUUUCCCAGCAAUGGGCAAUCUGAGAAGUAAAAUAAUUCCAGAGCAGCACCGAUGGAGCAUUACAAACUGGUUUCGAGUGCCCAUCAAUUUGAUAGCAUGCGUUGUUCUUAUGCUACUCCAUGAGGACGAAUUCAGACACGGGAAUCGAAUGAUUUUUGUGAUAUGCACCGGACUGUUAAUGUUGGCUGUUCUCUGCGGUGUAAGGUUUAAAAAGCUGGCAGAAAAAGAUGAAAGUGUGCAGGAAGAGAGGACGCUUAUGACAAGUGAACACAUUCACAAUAUUUUUUGAUAGACAGAUAACUAUUUGAUUACUAUUUUAUGUCUUUAUUUUUAAAAUGAGAAUUGUAUUGUAUUUGUUUGCCUCAUCUCAAAAUAAGAUGGAAGCUGUGGUAAUAUUAUUUUGAAAUGAUCCAAAGGCCUUGUCCGGCAACUUAAGUUUAAACGUUUAAAGACAUGGGCCAUUGAAUCUUUUAGAAUUGUAAUUCUUAAGUUUGUUAAAAGUGUCUUUUUCCUUUUUGAAAAAAAACUUAACUAGAAACUAA